GUGGACGGUGGCAUUCUACUUUCAGUUCGCGCGCACACAUAUCUGUUUCUGUAAUGUACCCUGCUCGUGCUUCUUGUCGCGCAAUGUAAACGCGAAGUCUCUAGGCAGGCGAGCAGUGCGUUUUAUUGUAUGCACUUAAGGUAUUUCUUAUUCAUAUUUCAUUUUCAUUCUUUGCUGAGCGUUCUUCUCUAAAACAACAUUGCACGGUCGUUUUCGGUUACUGAUCUUUGUUUUGUUUUAAAUUGUGUUCUGAAAAACAUUUUCUUGAAUUUGUUUUGAAUAAAUAUUUGUUCCAUGUGUAAAGUUGACAUUUUUAAUUUCAAAAAUCAGUGUUUUGCGAUUUAAAGAAAAUAAAAACAUUGUAGCGAGGUUUCCAAUGGUGUCGCCAUAUCGUUUAACAACAACAACGAAGUUGAAAACUUUGCUUUAUUAAUUCGUUUAAAAGAUUGAGACGGUUGAGAAGGUUUUCCAACACAGCUCAGUUGUGUUAUUAUUAACAUGGCAGAUGAAGCUUCGAAGGCUUCCGGUAACUCUAUUCUGUCGACAUUUGACAAAUUAAAACUAAGUUGCGGUACCAACAGUUAUUCAAUAAAUAAACCAAGCACUCGUUCUUCUUUGAUCGAUAAAACUUCACAUUCAACGGUUGAUGUGACAUCAGCAGCAGCAGCAGUUUCCUUUUCCCCAGCAGUAGUAGCUUUGGAGACAAGCAAUAGUUUUAUGUAUGAAAAAUCGAUAGAUUCACCACAGCUGCCACAAACAGUCAUGAUGUUCGGUAGUGGUGAAAGGAAUACUUCUUUUACAAAGAAUGGUGGGACAAGUGCUUACGGAAAGAGGUCCGCUUCCGGUUGCUCUCAAUUUCCUUCUCAAUCUCAAUCACCGUCUUCACCGGUUAUGUAUGAAAAAACAAUGCACAAUUUGUGCGAAUCUACGACUGAUAGUGUAACGUCACCAUUAUCGCAAUCAUUUAAUGUAUCAUCAUCGAACUCAUCAUUAUCGCAUUCAUCAAUUUCAUCAGUUGAAAUGUUACUUCCGAAAAGUAGUGCAAAUAAUAAGGCGGGAAAUUUUGAAAUGUUUUCAACGCCAUCAUCAUCUUUAAAUAAAAAAAUGGUGCAAAGAAAAUCUAAUCAAUUUGAUACAAAUGAAAUUCCAAUAAAAAUGUCAAAAAGUUCAAAGUGUAAAUUAUCAACUGCAGCAAUUGAUGUUGCAACAAAUUUAACACAUACAUUAGCAGUUCAAGUAAACAUAAAAAAAUGUUCUUCAUUAAAUAAUAUUUGUGCUCCGCCACCCAAGGUGCCUCCUUAUAAUAAUAAAAUUGGUAAUAGUAAAAAAUCUAAUUCAAAACUUAAAAAUACAAAUGUCGGUUUGCCGUUGUUGCCGGCAAGACUAGAUACUAAUUCUUUGGAUUACAAGAAGGAAAUGCAAUCAACCAGAGUGACCACAGACGAAAGGAAUAAGAAGAAACGGUGUUCAGAUCGUUAUGAUUCUUCGGAAUCUUCUGACAGCGGUGUUGCGACUUCACUCAGUUGCACAGAUUCAAGUACCGCUUCUAGUGAUGUGUCUGAUCCUGGAUCACCAUACAGCACAGCCUCAUUAGGCGAUGAAUUAGUUCAAAAGUCAAUCAUAAUGCCACCUCAAACAAUACUUGCAACAACAAACGGUAACGCUGGAAAAUCACCUACAACAUCUGCUGCAACCCCAGUACAAAAUGUUCUAAAAGGCAGCAAGCAACAACAAAAACAGUCACAAAACAAAAAUCAACAACAACCGAAACUUACAAAAUCACAACCAUCAUCACCAUUACACAAACUAAACCAACACAUCUGGCCAUGGACUACACAGAAUGGUGGUGUUGGCACGAGAACAAACAUUAUCAGCGAAAUGGGAAGCAGUAGCAGUCCAAAGAAUAAUUUUUUAACUUUAAACAACAACAAGAAUAGCAAUAAACGGCAUUCUCAAACAUCAUCAACACCAAUAGAUGGUGGUGCCAAGAAGACACGCACAUUAAAUGGCAAUUCAAAAGAUAAUAGCAUGGCUGCCGGCGGUGUUAAUGCUAACGGUAAUGCAUCACAGCCGCCACAGAUUGUAUCGAAUAACAAAAGACUGAAAGCUGCCGCUAUGGAAGAAUCACAAACUAAAAUAACUGGCUAUUUUAAAUCACAAAUGAAAGCACAAAUACACCAGAGCGGCCUUAAAAAAGACAGCACUCUGUCACACAUUUUGCCAUCCUCAUCUGCAAUAUCAACCCUUUCACCUUCGGUCACUGUAACAGCCGUAGUAUCAUCAUCAUCUUUUUCGUCCAUUAAUACUGCUCCGGCAGUUAAAACUACGAGCUGUAGUUUAAAUAAGUAUUUUAGUCUCCUUAAUUCACAAAUGCGUGAAGAACAAGAGCGAACAGCAGCAACAGCAAUGAAUGCUUCUACCAAACUACCAUCACUGCCACCGGCCUUAAAAAAAAUCGAACGUAGCAAACCUACGAAAAUAGCUCAAGUCGCACCGAAUCUUCGCAAAACUACAGCAGCUCCACCGUUGUCUCAUUUUACAGACAAAUCUCCAAAGAAGCACGUGGCUAUAGCACCGCGUACAGCGGAAAGUAGACAAAGACAUGAACAGUCUGUCCCUUCUCCCUUAAAGGCUCCCAUUACACCGGCUCAGCAGCAGCAACCUGCUGUACUCCUUACUGCCAUACAUAUUCCGCAAUCGAAUCAACCUCCCCAAUUGGUGCCCACUUCACCACAGCAACAGCAAAUGACAGUUGGAAAAACUCAAUCGAACAACAACACUUCUCAAUCUUCAAAAAUUCCAACUGGCCCCUCACUAUACCAGAUACCGAUGAUGCCGAAUCUAGUCCAAAUUCCAAAUCUUAUUGCAGCCAAUGUUAGUCAAUUAACAGAUGCCCGUGGUAACCAUCAUCAUCAUCCUGGUGCUUCUGCCCAAUACAUUCUUAAUGGAACUGUCUUUAAAUUACACCAAUAUACACAUUCGCCACCCGCAACUGGGACUCCUAUAGCAACUUUAAGCUCCGAUACUGGAAAUCAAUCAAUAAAUACAGCAACCAUGACCAAUUCGGCUAUAGCUACGGAUCAGCAACAGCAUGCGUCAAACAACAAAAAUACCUCCUCAAUCACUGCCACUAGCUUGCAGGAAAUGUUCUCUAACCAAUUUCAUACGCAGCAACAACAACAAUCAGCAUCUGCACACAACCAUCGCCUGCAUAAUUCCCAACCAAUAUUUAUGGCAACUACUACUGGGUUGCUACUAAAUGCCACCUCACUACCAGCAAUGAUGGCUGGCACAGGUAAACAUGCUGUGGCCAUUCAACCACAACAAAUACCCGCCCUUCAACCUAUUCAAGGUGCUGUGAUGCCUGGUUUGAGCUCCAUUUUCAGCCCCCAUCAACAGCAACAAAUGCAGCAAUACAAAUCAGAGCAGAUUGCACCACUUGAUCCCCAAAUCCCACUACUGCAGCAGCAGACUAAUAUACCUCCUUUAGCAGUACCAUCAAGUGCGUUUAGCAAAUUAGCAAUAGUUAAGGCUGGCAAUGCCUCUUUUACAUCCUCGAUUCAUCAAGUUUCUGCCACGCAGCCACCACCACUGGUGACAAUAUCAUCGGGAAAUCCAAUUGUCAGCAGUUGUGGCUCAAAGUCACAUGGUUCAGCAAAGCCAUACGAGUUAAAUGGUGGACAGCAGGAAAGCAUUGCAAAAGCUAAAAGAACUGUCUCAGAAAAUGCAAAUACAAAGAAAGCGUGGCUAGAUUCUACGCCACUAAUUCUGGCAGCACCUUCAGUAUUAGCGCCUCUUAAAUCACCUCCUGCUCUAAUAUAUCCUUCUCUUACAACAAAGAAAGAAGAGCAACACACAAAUGAAGAUAUUUUUGACAUACUGAAGAACUCGAAGAAUGAGACAACUUUGACUCCUCCCUCCUCCACACGUAAUCAAUCAAAUGAAGAGAUAUGCCAAGGGGAACAAGAAGAAAAUGAUAUAACUCAUACAGUGUGUAUGGAAUCUUCUUCAUUGCUCUCAGCAGAAAACACCUCCAAUACCACAAUAUCUGAAGAGAGCAUCAAAGACUCACCACCCUCUUUGCCAGAGUAUUCUAUUACUUCUUCGUCGUUGAUCUCAGCCGAAAGUCCAAGGCUUGAAAUUGAUCAAAAGACAGAGGAAUCAGAGACGUCAGUAAACAUUAAAGAGACGUCAUCCGCUGAUACUUUUUCUAUUAUAAGCAAGCUUUCCCCCACCGUUGACAUUGCUUUAGCUGACAAUGAUUGUCUGCCAAAGUGUGCAAUUAGUCCGAUACUGUCUCAACCUAAAACGAUCCGCUUCCCUGCCAAACAUGAGUCUGGCCAUCGUUAUGGUCCAAAGGGAAUGCGUCGCCAUGAUGGCGUAUGCUAUUGGGAUAAGUGCAAUAAGAAGCACGAUAGUAAUUCAAAGUUGUUAGAUCACAUGCAAACACAUCAUGUGAACACGCAAACAGGACCAUUUGCCUGCUUGUGGUUAGGAUGCAAAGUUUAUGGAAGGGAAUCUUGCUCGAGGCGAUGGUUGGAGCGACAUGUGCUAUCUCAUGGAGGAACAAAGCCAUUCAAGUGCAUUGUAGAUGGAUGUGGGCUAAGAUUUGGAUCCCAGUUGGCGCUUCAGAAACAUGUUAAUGGACAUUUUACUGCCACCGAAAACAAAGACAGUACAAAUAAAAGAACUUCAGAUCCUCCAGUGCCAAAGCUAUUGAGAAAAAAUGGAAAGAAGUUACGCUACCGAAGACAGCCAUUUUCAGCUCGUAUGUUUGAUUUUUUCGAUGCCAGAAUCAUGGAAGGACUGCAUCACCGACUUCGCCAAAUAAGCACACUUACAAAUGGAAAAAAUUGUAUAACAUUUCGAGGGCAAAUUACGAUGCGUCGCAAAAAUCCAAACGGAAUUUGCGAAUGUUUUGUUGAAUGGGCACCACCAAAUAUAAUCGCCAAUGAAUGGCUCCCAGAAAGUAAUAUUCCUUACAUUAAAACACUUCCAAUCAAUCGAAUGCAACCGAGAGAGAAAACAAACAUUGAAUCUUUAUUAAGAUCUGCAUAUCGUCUCCCACACUCACCAAAUUUAUUUCAAAGUUUUCAUUCACUAAGUCGACAAAACUCGCAGGAUUCUACAUCAACUUACAACUAUAGUCAAUCGUCAUCGACACCCUCUGAAGAUACAGCAGAUGAUACGAGUCGAAGUAGUAGCUUUGGCUUAUCUAGUAUAAGUAAUCUUCCUUUAAAGUUUCCACAAAUAGAACUGAGACAAAAGCAAUCGCGCAAGCAACCAAAAACGAUACAACCAUCGUGACCUUAAAUCGUUUAAUAUGUAUAAUGCAACAACAUUUAAAAAAAAAAAAAAAAAAACAAACAUAUAUUGUACAUAAAUAGUAACUAAGUAUAAAAUAAGAAGCAAAAAUUAAUGAGUAAAAACAUUACAAUUAGUAUUACUGUUUAGUUUUUCUUUUCGUACUCAAAAUUGUAACAAAAUAAAACAAAUUAUGGUCAAAAUAUGUGUGUACAUACAUACAUAAAUACAAAUUUCAAAUAUUGUGAAUAUUAGAGUUGGAUUGCAAUUUAAAAAACACUCUUUACACGAUAAGAAACUGUCAGUUUCAAUAUUGUAAUAUCAAUAUGUUUGCUUAAUUAUUAACUUAAGUCGAAAACUACCUAUAAACAUUGGUAAGCGAAAUUAGCUUCAAUGAUUUAGUUUAGUUUUGCUUAAUUUUAGUUAAAAUAAUAAAAACUGUGUAAUACACAAACAUAAAAUACGUUUAGUGGAAUUUUUUGUAAUAUAAUAUUAUAACUUUACAAAAUUAUAAUUAAGUCUAGACGAUUAUUAUUUUUCCUUAUAUGUACACAUAAGAUUUUUUUUAUUAUUUGUAUUAUAAUAUUAUAUUUUUACAAAAUAUGUUUAAGUCUAGGCGAUUAUUAUUUUCCUUUAUAUGUACAUAUAAGAACCGUUUAAUAAUAUAAUAAUAAUUUUAUGUCUGUUCAACUAGAUAUGCGUGUCAAGAUUUUACUUGUUUAAUAUUAUACUACUUUUGGUGUAUAAAAAGAAACAAUGCAUUUAGCCUAGUAGUUAAGUGUAUUUUUUACUUACUAAUCAACUUAUUUGAACUUUUAACAAACAAAACAUCAAAUUGAUAAUAUGAGUUAAGUUAAAUGAUAAAGAGAGAAGUAUGAGGAAAUAUGUAUAUGUAUAUUGAAAACCCUACACUACCAACCCACUGCCAAAAUCAACAACGUAAUUAUGCAAACUAUAUAAAAACGAUUUUCUAAAAUGUUUGAAUUUAAUAAAUACUGUGUAUUAUAAUUAUUUUUUGGUACUAAAAAUCUAGUGCUUAGUUUAAAACAAAAUAAAGAGAACAAGGUCUGUUAUUAUUUUUAAUUCAAGCAAGACUUUUUAAGAUUAUAGUUAAUUUUUUUGAAAUCAAAUUGCAAAAAUAAUAAAAGAAAUGCGUUUUUGCAAUGUAAUGGACACUUUUAUAUAAAAAAGGAAGCUGUUAACCUGUGAAUAGGUUUUUCAUUAGUACGAUUUUAAAAUGUCAAAAAUGCUGCAAAGUUAUAAAUAUGUAAAGUAGAGCUGUGGACCUCGCAUGCAACUGCAUCUUCAGCAAACGUUGCUUUGUGACAUUGGCUGCGCUCAAUCUCAAACAGAAAGGGUAUCCGGAUACCCUUUUGUUAGUAUUUAACGUGACCCAAAAUAGCUAGGAAAUAAAAAAGGUAUCCAAGAAUUUCCGUUAUAUGUGGGUAUCUGACACCAAAGCUGAUUCAACAUAUGGUUAAAUUUAAAGGAACUCGAAAAUAAAUUUCAAAUAUUAAAAUGUUGUUCUUAUUUGUUGCCAGCUAUCUCAAUUUAGGUAUCCAAAUUAUUAAAUAAGGUAUCUAAAAAUCCACAUAUCCAGGAUAGAUUAUCCAAUAUGAGAUUAAACGCAGCCUUUGAAUUUAUAUACAUUAAUAAGGGUUCGUGGUGCUUUCAGUUUCCCUAAUUUUUGUGUUUGUUUAUUUCUCAUACUUUACAUACAUUGCUUUAAUUUAAAAAAAGAACCUAUUUGCAAAUACAAUUUUUGUAAAUACUUCCAUUUUACGAGACCACUUAAAAAUAAAACACGGUAAUAAUAAAUAAUGUCGAAGAAGAUGGAAAUGAACUUAUACCAGUGCCAAUGUAUCCGAAAACUAAAAAAAAAAUGAAUUAUUAAAAUAUUUUAAACAAAUAUUCGUUGUGUGCAAAACUUAUUUUAUUAAUAACGUUAUCGAUUGCUUGUCGAUCAAUUGAUUUUUUUUAAACAUUCGAUGCUACGAAAAUUCAAACAGACGAUGUGUUUUCAGAUGUUCCUGCGUUUGCAUUCUAUUCAAGCAUUUAACAGGAAGUCAAUUUUUUGAAAGAUGAUAUUAGAAACCUACCUUAACAUGAACAAAAGUAACAAUCUUUAUUUAUUUAUUCAUCUUUUAGAUUAGAACUCUGAAACUAUUGAAAAACACUAUGCACGUUAUGUUAGGUGUCCAUAGACCUAGAGACAAUUAAAAUAUCAUACGAUAUAAAAUAAUAACUACAGUUUCUUGUUUCCAACAAUUAACCUUUCUCAGGGUGUUGAAUUUUAAACUAGGCACAUUGCGAAUAUUGAAUUAAAACUUCAAUAUAUAAAGGUUUCCGAUAACGUUUAAAUAGUGUUUUCUCAUUAAAAUAAACAACAAUUGAAAUGUAGAAUAAUUUAAAAGAGCUUGCUUGGAUUUUAAAUACAAAUAAAAAUAUCUCAUAAAGAAAAGACCUUUAAAUUAAAACCCCACCUUUGAAAAAAAAAAUUGUUUAGACUUAAAUCGAGAGACUAAAAAAAACUAGUUUAAAAAAAAAUAAUUUAAAAAAUCCUAAAUUUAUGUAGACAAUUACAAAUUCAAAUGAAUUAGUUUUCUGGUUCUAUCAUUUUAUUUGCAUUUUUUUUCUUAUAAAACAAAAUAUUUAACCAUUUCAUUUUAGUACAAAUAUUUUUUGGACAUUUCAGUUCCUCUUAUAUUAAAAUUAAAAUAUAAAAAUCAUCAUUUAAAUAAAAUAAUAAAGUUUGAACAUAAUAUAAACAUUAUAUUAUUAAUAUUUGCUUAGCUUUGUAGUAAAUUUUAAUAUUUUCAUUAAACAAAAACACUUUAUAUUUAGUUAUUAUACGAUUUUGUAUAUAAUUUUUUGAAUCGGAUAAAUAUAUAAAAAGAAAAUCAUGAAAAACACUAACACUUUUUUCUUGAACGAACAACACAUUAAAUUAUGUUUUUUUGUAUUAUGUUACGUUUUUCAUCAGUUUAUUCUGGUUUGUAUUUGACUUCUAAGUUGUCUUUUCGCGAACUUUCCCUAUCUACAUGACCAUGAAAGUAAAUAUCCUGAAACAAGUAUCUUCAAAAAUUAAGUUAAAUACAAAUAUAAAAAUACUUUUAUAAGUAAUGUAUAUAGAAAAAUAUAUGGAUAAUUUUUUGGGCAUUUUCUUUAUCUCUUCAAGUGUAAGAAAAAGAAAUUGAAGAGUAUAGUUUUGUAAACCUGUAACUUAAGUUUUCUAAUAUGUUAAAUUAUGUGAUUAUAGUUACAAAAAGAUGUUUUUCAACAUUACUGAAAGAUCAUAACUCCUAAUUAUUUUUUUUUAAAUCUGCAGGCUAGGCUAUUAAAAGAUAUCGUUCUUUAGUAUUGAUACUUAAAACAUUGCAAUCAUCAAUCAUUUGACAUCACUAAAGAAAAAAGAAAUUAUGUACCUAGAUAUCCACAAAGUGUACUCCUCGCAUCAAUGGACAGGUUCAGACAACAUAAGGGACUUGGUUUGCAACUAACUGCGAAGACACUUCAUAUAGAGUGUCUAUGGUUAACUGCAUUCUUUGGACACUAAAUUAGACCAAGAAGCAAGUUAAUUUUUCAGGUAUCAUUAAUUUCAAACUAGGAACAUUUCUUGCCUUAAUUUCAAAUCCCUGAACCUGCCCAAUAGCUACAUUUUAAAAAGUGAGUGCAAAUUUGUUUUAAAAUGUAUAAAUCCAAUCAAAUAAUUGCACGCAAUUUCAACACAAUUUCCCGAGGGGUCAUCAAAAACUGUUGGAAUAAAAUUCCGAACAACUAAUCGGAAGAAUACUUGUAAGAAGAGGUCCUCCGAUUAUUUUUCUACGCGAGAGAUAAGCAAGAGACAAUACAUAAUUGCAACUCUAUGAAUCUGAUGUUCUAGUCUAAUUUCUUGACCUUUCCAAUAUUAAAUAGACGAAUUAUUUUAAGUAUUUCAUUAACAGCUGGCAAAAUGGAACUCUUGCGAAAUGGUCUCCUUAGUAACAUUCUCAAAUUUCGCUCCAAGCCAGCAAUCAUCUGAAAUGUUUUGUCCCACUUAAAAAACCUCAGCGAGAGUGGCCUAAUGAAUACAAAUGCUUGGGAAAUAUUGAAAUGAAUGCAGAGUAAAAAAAGAAGAUUACAUUUGGCAAUUAUGUACAAACCUGAUUAGGUCAGGUUAGUGUAUUGGCUGAAUAGAAAACAAUAUACUUAAAUAAACCCGUUAUUGGUCCGCUGUGAUACAAAAUUGGAUCUAUUGGACCUACCCUACCUUAACUAUGUAUGUGGAGAUCGCUUUGAUUAUUAUAUUAGGAGUCCUAAGUGUUUUUUUUUUAACUUUUUCAUGUAUUACUUAUCCUUAAAGUACGUUUCGCUUAACUUCAUUCGCCGCUGAAUUGCUUUCUAUUUUCUACACUUUUUGUAUCUUCAAAUUAGCUGUUUACAUCCAAAAUGGUGAUUCGAUAAAUUAAUGAAAAACUUUUACUUAACACGCACACAAUUAUAAAAAUUGAUAGAAAAGAUGAUGUAAGAUCAAUAUUGUAUUCAAAUCCAAAGUCCCUUUAAAACUUCGAUCCCCACGUACAAAAAUUCUAUAGGAUAUUUUCGACAAUAUUCGAAUUUCCAAUGUUCGAUGUUAGGCAAAGUUCCGAAGUCCCCGAAAUCACUACGCACAAAGUAACAAACAACACUAACAAAGUACAACUCUGACGUUUCAUAUUCAAAGUUCUGCUGAUUUUGAUUUCAAGUCUAAGUAAAUUUCUCUUUUUUUCAGAAUCAUAACUUUAACUUUUUCCCAAAAGAACAUUUUAGGUGGAAUCCAGAAUGCUUCCCGAUUGCCAGAUAAAAACGAAGUUAAUUAUAGCGAAGAUGCAGCGCCUCUGAUACGUACUCCUGGAUCAGUAUGAAAUGUAAUUUUAAGUUAAUUAAUUUAUUUCUUAACCUCAUAAAUCAUCUUUGUAUUUAAAAAAAAUUACUGAUCAAAAGUUAAACCGACAAAGCUAAGCAAAUUAUAUUAUUAAGCUUAGCCACGCUUUGUAUUUUAUUUCAACAUGGUUAAAUAUGAUUUCAUUGUUCUUUCAUUAAAACAAUUUUAUAAUUUUAUAUGUUAAAUUGUUACAAUUACUUUAAAACAAAAAUGUCUAAAAAAUAUUGUAUUUGUUUGUUUUGUAUGUUGAUUUUGUCUGCGUCCAUAAAUCGAUUAUUUUUUGUAUCCGUAGUCAUUAUUGUUAAGACCAAUACUUGUUUCGUAGCCCGCUUUUUCAUUCAUCAGAAAUUAAAAUACAGAAUUAGAUCUUUUAGAAAGUCUUAACGUGCUUAAGCUUAAAGUGUCUGGAAUAUCUAGAAGAAAAAGUUUAAAUUUCACUAGAUUGCAUAAAAACCUAUUACUAAACAUACAUAAUAUUCAAAAGUACUUGGUAACUCUAUGCCCCAUAUGUUAUUGACAUUAAUUCCUUAUGGACUCUGACUUUGCACAUCUAAGUUAACCAGACGUUUAAAAAUUGUCAACAAAUUUUAUUUCAAAGUUUUCUUUAACUUUACCUUCAAUUUUAUUAACUCCAAAUUAAACAGUCUUUCAAUUUAAAUGAAGAUGUAGAAAACAGCUUAAAAACGUAGUUUUUGUGCAUAGUAUGUUGUAUUUAUGUAAGUUUGGAGGUUAACAUUAGAAUGGUCGUUAUUUUCAAAACCAAUUUGUGGUAAGUGCGCAUCAAAAAUCAAAAUUGUAUGUUUUAAGAAAACAUUAUUACAACAUUUUGAUCUAAGGUCGACCUGCAGAAUUUAUUUUUAGUUUUUGAAUUCAAACAUUUUGCAUAAAUAUUAUUUUGAUUGUCAAAAGUUUAAGCUUGUUUUCAACACUUUGUGCUUUAAUAAUUGUUUUAUCUAAAAAAACAUAGCUAAAAAAAAUCCAUUCAAAUAUUUAUAAAAACAGAGUUAUAAACAAAUGUUCUAACAUUUAAAAUAAUUAAUAACUUAGUACUUUUGUUAUAUCAAUAGUAUUUUCUUAAAAAUUAAUAAACUUUUGAUAUCUUGUGUGCAGGUUUUAAAUAUGAGUUUGAAAAAUAAUGGACAUUAUUUAUGUUAAGAGUAAUAUGCCCUUUUUGGUUUUACUUUAUUUUGUUUUAAAACAAAUGUUAUGUUAUUAUAUAAUUAUAUAAAUAUUUAUACAUAUGUAUGUAUGUACAAUCUUAGUAAUAAGUAUAAUAUAAAUUUAAAGCAAGUUAAAUAACAGGCCUUGAAAUGUGUGGCUGUGAAAAAGUGCAAUUUUCUUAAGUGUUAGAAUAUAAUAAUGAUAUAAAAUAUUAUUUUUAUAUUAUAACGACAUAUUAACAAAAAUAUAAAAAUCAAGAAAAUACAAAUUUUUACAUUAGACCAAAUGGAUCAUGGUGUGUAUUUAAAUAUUGUAUUCUAGGUGUAUCAAAGAAUAAGAAAGUUUAAAAUACACUUAAGCUUUAAACAGAAAAAUGGUAUUUAUCUGUUAAGCUUACCUAAACAGAAAUGAAGAAAAUGCUUUUAAAACACAAUUUAACGACUUCAUAGUCAAAAAUUGCAAUCAAAAUUACAAAACUAUGUAGCAUAUACAUAUAAUAUAGACUAUUGGAAUAUACACAAUACAUUUUAUUAUUAACUUCAGAUUUUGUUAUAUUGCUUAUUUUAAUUCAUGAUAGCUUCGAAAUGUAAAAUUCAUUUAUUUGUGCUGUAAAAUAUGUAUGUAUGUCCAGACCAAUGGGUAUAAUGUAAUUUAUUGAUUUGAAUGAAUUACGAACGAAAUUAUGUACUUCUUGAGAAAAUUUAAAGAUAACAAACAAAUUAUCUACUAAACAAUAUGAACACAGUAAAUUAUCACUGCCAAACUAAUUGACUGAUUAUUAUUAUUGUAUAAAAGAUGAUGAAUUGCAUUUUUACUGGAAGCAAUUAAUUGUUAGAAAAUUCAUGAACUGUAAAUUUGUUUAAAAUUAAAGCCUCAUAAAAGUUCGAUGACCAUUCACUGCCCAGAAUGAGUAUGCUGUAUGCUCCUAUUUUGUUUGGUGUUGUUUUAAAAUGUUUAUCAAAGGUUUAAUAAAGCAUGAACGAAAAAUCAAGACACAUUCAAAUUGAAUGAAAAGUUAUUAUUUUUAAACAUUCUUUUUUUGUCCUCAUAAAUCAAUUAUAUUUAACCAAAACUCCUGCCUACAUAUUAUAUACGAUGUCGACAAAACUUUUCAAAACGAAGUUUGGUACAUUAUAUUAACUUGAACCCAUAGUAUGUUUUUAUGUAUAUACUGCAUUAAGAAUCUGGCCGAAAGUCCGAACGUCUUAAGAGAAGCAGGGGACCUGAUCAUACAUCAAAUAAGUCUUAGAUUACACUUAAAGUGCAAGUGAUAAGUAUGUGUUAUAAUUCAAAUAUAACGCAAUUAGUGAACCUUAUCCACUAACAAAAAUAUUUUUGAACAAGUUUUGUAAGCAUAAAAAAGGCAUUGUUAUCAAAGUUUUCAAAUCACACAUGAACUCCAUUAAAAUAAGUACAAAAAAGUACUAUAAAACCCUUUAACAGCAUAAUUUUAAAGGUUUCCCUACGACGUUUGAAAAAUCGAAACUAAUUUAUUUUAAAGGGUUCUUGCCAAGGAUGGGAAAUGAUGAACAAAUUAAAGGUAUUUGUAUUAAAUUGUAUGCAUAAAGCUCAUAUACUUCAUGACACAAUUCUAAGCGCCAAAGUGUAUAAAAUAACCAAUCAUGUGGAGUCCAUCCUAGCAGACGUUCAAAAGAUUUGUAUAUUUCUUAUAAAGAAAAGUCCCAUCUCCUAAGAAUUGCUGAUUUAUGGCAUUCAUUUUUAACACCUUGGUAAUACUAAAAUCAUUUUUUAAUUCUUGAGAAAAGUUUUAAAAAUUAUUUCAAAUAUACCUCAGAAUAAAAAUCAUGUUUAGUAAUAAUCCACCUGGGCAUCGCGGUUUUCCAUCAAAAAACAUUUUAUUCGAUCAUACAUUAUGAAAACUAUUGAUUUGCAUUGAAAACAAUAUUUUGAAACAAAAUGUCUACCUCAUGUUUCAUAGAAACCCUAACAUAACUUGUUUGGGUGUAGUUGUAUUUUAAAAGAAACAAAUAUAUACUUAAAGCUAUACAAAAUAAAGUCAUGAAGCAUUUUAAAAUUUUAUACUAAAUUUGUAUAACCAAUUGUAAUAAGAAAUUUAAACAAAAUAAAAAAUCAAACAAAAUUGUAUUAAUGUUAGAAAAUUUACAAAAAGCAAUAUUGUGUGUAGCUUAAUAUAUAAGAAACAAUUGUAAACUAAUUUAAAAUUAUUUAAAAUUUCUAUAGGUUGAUUUAUAUUUUUAUGAGAGUUUGAAAAAAUUAAAAAUGAGAGGCACAGUAGAGUAAUGAACUUGGGUUAGAAUUUGCAGCGUUUGGAAAGAAUUCUGAUUGUAAUUAAUUAAGUUCAAAAUUGUCAUGUACAAAAUUGUCUAUGCCCGCAAAUCGAUACAAUAAUGACAAUUGUGGAAUCUUACACAUUGGGCAGGUUCAGACAACAUAAGGGACUUCAUUUGCAGUCAACUUCAUUGUUUGAACGUAAAUUUUGACCAAGGCAACUAGUUACUUUGACAAGUGUCAUGAAUUUCAAAUUCAGAACUUAACUUCACAAACCUCUACUACAAGUUUAUAGUACAAAAACUACCAAAAUCAUUGUUGCCUACAAAACACUUCUCAGGCAAGCUAAAGUCCAUCACGAAUUGUAUUUUGUAUUAUAAAGAAAGGAACCUUUUUACAGGAAGCAUUAAAUGAAGUUGUGCAGAAAAUAAACAAAUCAUUCAGUAAUAAAGUUCAGCUUUUAGUUGGAUGAAAAAAACAUGAUCAAUUGUCAUUUUGACAUAAGUUGAGUUGACUUGAUAGUAAGGGAGAUUGGUCGCAUUCACAAAGCUAGUGGAUACGUAGUCAAGCGAUUCUGAUUGGCUAAAUCUAACUACAAAAGUAGUUGAAAUUUUCCCUCCGACGUAGUGUAAACAAUUCGGCUACAAAGUUAGUGCACACUGGUUUUGACGUUUCACAAUCAGUUGCUCGGUAAGGACACACGAAUUCAAAAUGAAAUGAAUCUUUCGGUAUUUAAAUACAAAUAUAAACCAAUCAUAUUAUAUCUUCUAUUUGGUUUUAUUGAAUUUAAAAAGAAAGAAAAACUAUUUAAAGUACUGAAAACACAAAUUUUUCUUAUUUUAUAUAUUUGUAUUUGUCAUUAAUACGACAGUUCCGGAUUGACUAGCUUUAAGUGCAAUUUCGCAUUCACAAUUUUGACUACGUAGUCACUAGCUUUGUGAAUGCGCCCAUUUUUCUUGACCACUUGGCUAACUUUCCAGGCAGCUGGCCAAUCAGAUACUAGAAACUUGCCUUACUUUCAAGUCCCUUAUGUCGUCUGAACCUGCCCAUUUACUCUUCACCAGGCGGUUUCUUUCAAUGGGCUCUAGAAUUUAAAUAUUUGAGCAGAUGUUACAUGAGUCAUUCUCUUUUGGCUAUAGAAAUGUUUAAUGAUAUUUAAAAUUUUGAGAACGAUUAUGAAUUUUUGUUAAUUCUCGGAUAAGUUUUUUUCAGCAAUGUUAAGAAUUAAGCAUCUAGGUAUACCUACCUUGCAUUUCAAGGUAUUGCCGUUGUGUUUUCAUACUUUUAAAGUGAACUUUCUUCUUGAUGUAACAUUUUUUUAAAUAAUCGCUAUCACCUAAUCAUACACUUCAGAGAAUGUAGUGUUAGGUACACACAUUAUGACAAAUACCGUGUAUAUGUUGUUUUACUAUUAUUUCGUCCACUAUUUGUGAAAGAUGCAUUUUAGCUUAUUCCUAAGUAACUGAUACUUGAUAAUCUUUAGAUAUACUCGUAAAAAAUCACAAACACCGUAUGGAAAGCAACGCCACGUUUAUUAUUCAGCUAAUUUACAACUCUUACCUUAAAAAUUAGUUGCUAGUUCUAACUUUUUUUAGUCCUUAGAACUUAUAUGUAUUACAUUACACAAACUGAAAACGUUAUAAAAACUGUUCUAUGAGCUGUCACAUCAAUUUCGAAAAAUAUAUUGACUAAAUACACAAAUAAUGUCUAAAAUUAAACUUAACCAAUAUUUAUUUAACCUCGGUUAUAAGGCUUUUCAAAACUGCAUAAAAGAUCAAAAAAGUUCACUCCUACAAACUAAAAAAAUGAAUAGCGGCUACAAAUCUUGAUUGAAUAACCCACCUGGUCUUUUACUUUUCGUAAGGGAUUCAAACUGGUUUCAUUCACCAAAACUGUUGAGCUCG